AUGGCACAUCGUCUACUCCAUGUCUCCUUCAUCCUGUGUAUACUCUUUAUUGUCUCCAUUCACGGCGCCGUGCUGCGGCGUACGUGGACGACGCAGCCGUGGUGCGAGAGUGUACGCAAGCCACAGUGGCCAUUCGCAUACCAGAAGACGGCGACGCAGACGCUGGAAUGGCAGGGACGCGUGAAUUCCAAUGACCAGGAUAUCCGCCACCAAUGCUCCGUCUUUGGUGUCCAGAGCAAGUGUCACAUUUGUCAGGACUUCCCUUGCAACGGCAACAGUGGCGACCACUGUGCUUUCCAGUUGCAGGGCAUUCCGUGGUCUGCUCUACCUAAAAACAUCCCAACUGUGACGGAUGUCCCGUGGGCCGUAGGAGGACAGCAUCGCUACGAUUAUGAUGGAGCAACACAUCUAUGUGUCUUCUUAUCGGGUGGGCAUUGCUUGUCACCGUUCACGACGGACUUUUCGCAGUGUGACGUGAGAUGUUGGGGCUCAGAGUCUGGAGAAAUUACAUUCAAAGGAGCUCAUCCGAACAGGAACUUAAGCGACGCGGAAACCUCAGAUAUAUGGAGUUAUUCGCCUUUAUUUGGAGAUUUAGGAUGUGCACAAGGACAUGUGAUAACAGUGGCAGGAGAUGGCUCAGCAGGAUUUCAAGAUGGACUAGCAGCAACAUCACAGUUCAAUCAUCCACGAGGUGUAGCAGUCGACUCGAACGGCGUCGUGUACGUGGCAGAUACCGCCAACCAUCGCAUCCGAAUAAUCGAUCCGACCACCAAAAGGGUAUCAACACUCGCAGGUGACGGCGUUGAAGGGUUCGUGGACGGACCUGCGCUUACAGCCGCGCGGUUCUCGUACCCGUCCGAUGUUGCAGUGCGCGAGUCAAAUUCGGGAACAAUUACCGUGUUCGUAGCGGACACAGGCAAUCAUCGCAUCCGACAGAUCCGGAACGGUGUGGUUACUUGUCUUUCAGGCCUUUGUGGGGCUGGCGUAGAAACCGUGAGGCUGUCGCAGCAACCGGAGAAACCUCACGCCGGUAUGGCUGAUGGUGACCCACUCGGUGCUCGAUUCGAUUCCCCUAUGGGCGUCGCAGUAGAUGCAGACGGUGUUGUAUUCGUCGCAGAUACAGGAAACCACUUAAUACGACGAAUAGACCUGGACGGAACCACACACACAGUAGCGGGUGGUGUAGUUCCUUCAGAAGACGCAGACACACCCGGCUGUUUGUCGCCGUGUCUACGCGGUGAGCGUGGCUUUCGAGACGGAAAUCUGACGUUUGCUCGCUUUGAGAGUCCUCGCGCUAUCGCCAUCGGCGCUCAACGCACGUUAAUUGUUAGUGAAAGACAUCGAAUCCGUCGUGUCACGUACGAUGGCGGCUCAGCGUCUACAAUUGGGACUGUCACGGCCGCUAACCGCGUUGUAACCCUAGCUGGAUCGAAUGUACCUGGUCAUAUCGACGGGGAAGGCAACGAAGCCACAUUCAACGCUCCAGCUGGCGUCACUUUUGCUGCCGAUGGACGUGUAUAUGCUGCUAGCUCUACAGACUGUUCAGUGCGUCAGGUAACUCCUGCUUCUCUAGUCUCAAGAACUGUAACCUGUUCGACGCGAGCGACUGAAGUGCUACGUCCUAGUGGUUGCGCCUCGUACGAACAGCCUGUAGACGAACUUUUUCUCCAAACAUCUCCCACUGCUAACAACAUUUACCACAACUAUCUUCAGCGCAAAGAAUUCGACUCUGUUCAAGGCUCAGCAAUAUCUGGACGUACGUUGAAAGACUGUACGGGCUCUCCACCUGAUGAUGGACUAGUUCAAGGAGAUCUCGCACUGCCAUUACGUCAUCCAGACACACAAGCGGUCAUCUCUGACGUGUUACAAGACGUGGAGUACGGCACAACUAUCAAGAUCAGCUGUCCAGCAGCUUGUGAUGCUGCUAGUACGACGUCAAAAGUCUACGGCUCAGGCUUAUACAGUGACGUAUCUUCCAUCUGUCUCGCAGCAAUCCACAGCGGCGUCAUCGUAGCAGCACAAGGAGGCCUAGUGACAGUGACAUUGGAGCGAGGAACCCAGUCAUCAACCCAGACGUCAAAGACGCUGGGAUCUACCGCACAUGGAGUGACGUCGCUGGACUUACCGUCGACUCCGAACGACCGAGCUCGUCUUUUUAGUAUCAGGCCCUAUCUGCGACCAAAGCUCGAGGUUCAAUCCAUCGCUGGAGCUCCAAAUGCACCGCUAGGAUCCCUUCAAGACGGGUGUGGUUAUCUCGACGCACAGCCGCCAUUAGCUGCAAAAUUUCUUGGGAUUGCAGGGCUAGACAUCGCUAAGAGUCGGUCACUGUCACGUACGGAUCUCCUGUACAUUGCUGACGCUGGGAAUAAUCGCAUCCGCGCAGUCUCUGCUACGUGUGCUAAAGUUUGUGAGAACGGUGGCGUUUGCUCCGCUCCUGACGCGUGUACGUGUCUUUCAGGGUGGACGGGAGAUGACUGUACAACUCCAGUAUGCAGUACAAGCUGUGGUUCGAGACAAGUAUGUGUAGGUCCCGAUAACUGCGACUGUAUCCCUGGAUAUGGAGGCUUUCCAGCGUGCCACACGCCCAAAUGUGCUCAAAUUUGUGCACAUGGAGGAAGUUGUUCAGCACCAGACACUUGUUCUUGUGCGUCGGGAUGGUUUGACGCCAACUGUACAACUCCAGUGUGUACGCAAACCUGUGGCAACGGCGGUAAUUGCACCUCUCCCGACACUUGUACAUGCUCUGACGCCUGGAAAGGUAUCGAUUGUCGUGUUCCAGUUUGUACUCAAACGUGCAAGAACGGAGGGAGUUGUGUAGCACCCGAUUCAUGUUUGUGUGCUGCCGGUUGGAGCGGAUACGACUGCAGUCUCCCUAUCUGUCCUCAAGGAGAUUUCGUACCACAUCCAAGUGGCUACACUAACGCACUGUCACGUCCUCUAUCAGUUGAGAGUUACGUGCCUUGUGAUUUUGCUCAAUGGUGUCGUGAAACGGGGGAAUUCGACUGUCUACAUCGACUGUACUCUACGUCGAGUCCAGUGGUGAAUGUAUCAAGUGGCUUAGCGUCGAAAGGGAAGACUCCGCCGUCGUUUAAAGACUGUCUGCUUAUUGAGUUAAGCGACGACGCACUCACACACUUCCAGUAUCUCUCGGAACUAAACGAAACCAGCGAUUUCUACCGCUUUGCUCCUGUUCAACCAUACGGAUGGGAUACUGCUGCACCUUGGAGAGGGAUCUCAAAGCCAGAGGAGGGAUUCUCUCCACCGUUUCUUCUAACUAGCGACCGACAAGUAGCUCUUGUGGAACGUAGAAGCAUUGUUCAAGGGGUUUAUGUCUGUGCGCAUGGAGGAAGUUGUGUAGCUCCAGAUGUGUGCGAAUGUGUCUCCGGCUGGGCAGGUUUCGACUGUCGUACUCCUGUGUGUUCACAAGGGUAUUUUUCUCCAAGUCAAGUCACGUACUUGGCAGCAGAACCCUCGACAGCGACUCAUUCACGACAACCCAUUACCAAUCCAACAUACACAGCAACAGUUGAGCAGAUUGGGUACACUCAAGUGACUGUCGCUACUGAGACUCGAGGUGGGGUACGAUACAAACCAGCACAAGGAGGUUACGCGUGUUCGAUUCGUAGUAUCACCAAGUGGGAGAAACCUGUGACAGCCGAUGGCUCUCCGGCCUAUUUCUUCAAUCACCCGAAUUACUAUUCGCGGUAUAUGGAUCGCGAAGUAUCAGCUGACGGUCAUUACCAUACUCACUGGACUGAUAUGAUGUGGCCACCACUUUAUAAUCUAUCCGAACCUCUACUAGAUGAUACACGGGAAGGUUGGAAACGUGGAGGGACCUGGAGCUAUAUUCCCGGUAGAAAAUGGCAAAAAGGGGUCUGUCUUGUGGAGUUUAACCGUGUUUGCACCUCUGGAGUACAAGCUGAAGACCUUGUAACGGAUGCAAUAGGCGAGUUAGUAGUUGAUACGGACGCUUCGUAUCGACCGCAAGUCACAUACACAGCACAAGCUGCUGGUCGUCGAGGGUUUUGGAACUCGUCCGUGUUUGGAGACUGCGUCGACCAAGUUGUGCGUGGCUGUUUCAACAAUGGCACAUGUGUGGCACCUGGCGUUUGUGACUGUGCUCCUGGGUGGUCAGGGAAGGAUUGUGUCGUACCUCUUUGCACGCAAACUUGUAUGAAUGGAGGCAAUUGUACACUACCCGACACUUGUACGUGUGCAUUAGGGUGGACAGGAGCGGAUUGCUCAAUCGCUCUGUGUGCUCAAGAAUGUCGAAAUAACGGGACGUGUGUUGCACCGGAUCAAUGCAAGUGUGUAACUUGGGACUCGAAUUGGCGAGAUGGACGUGAGAAUGGCGGCAAACCGGUCUUCCAACUCCCUGAUGGGCGCGCACAACGUACAGGUUAUACCGGUUAUGAUUGCAACACUCCAAUCUGUGUCCAAGCCAAGCAAUUCGUCUUGAAUGUGGCAUCGCGCUCGUCGAGUAACUUCCGUGCAUUACGAGGAAACUACGACAGCGCCACUGCAACUCGCAAUUGUGACACGUAUCGCUGUCCUCAGUACGACGUGGAGCUCGUAGCUAACGACGGACGCUCUUUCCAGACUGGAUGCUCUGUAGGAGACCCCGAGCCCAAUCCUACCCGGAAUUCCACACUGACAAGUGCUCAGCAGAUCCAGAAUCUGCUGGAUGAUCGUGAUGAUCUCAAUAUUGCACGUGUAUCUGAUGGGUUUCUAUGUGGGAAUAUAAUAUGGAAACAAGGUGACAUUGAAAGUGGUAACGGGACGAACCGAGUGCUCCGUACCAACUACGUCAAUGUGACGAAAGUGGACGAUGUUACAUGGACGUACGGCAUCUCAACGCCAGGUGAAGGUGUCUAUGAAUGUUUCAACUCUGGCGCUUGUGUAGCUCCCGACGAAUGUGCGUGUGGCGAUGGCUGGACUGGCAUCGACUGUAACACGCCGCUAUGUCGUUUUCAGAAGGCUGACAAACGCGCUGGAGUAUCCUCCGGAUGUCGCAAUGGCGGCGUAUGUGUUAGUAAAGACCAAUGUCGAUGUAUCACCGUCCAAUCUUCACUUCAUGACCAGUAUUCCUCAGCACCAACAGGUAGAACCGGGUACUUUGGCUCGGAUUGUGCACUACCAAUCUGCAUCCAAGGAAUCUUUGAUCCAAUCUGCAACGCUAGUGUUGUGGCUAACGCUCUCAAUCUCACAAGUGGAAAUAUUACGGGUAUCGACGGCAUUGCCAGUAGUAUCGUAAGCAGUGGAGAUGGGUGUUUUCGCUGCAAGAACGGAGGACUCUGUCUCGCCCCCGACGUCUGUGCCUGUGCGGAAGGGUGGACUGGUUUCGACUGUUCUACUCCAAUCUGUGAACUCUCUACAGCUGUGGUAGCGUCAGCGCGCUCAACACUUUUCACUGUAGACGAGCUCAAAGUGGAAACUUUCCGUACUGAUCCGUGUGGAACUACCGGUGGUCGAUGGGGUAAAGAAACCGUAAAUGGCGCUGUAGUUGGUCAAGGCAAUUGCACUCUUCCGAUGAAAUGCACUUGCUUAUGUCGGCAACGCUACGACAAGAAACUUUGCGAUUCCAUCGGAGAUUUUUGUGAAAAACCGUGGCAAGAUCCUUUUCAUCGCUCGAUUCCUCCCGGUUUCGUGUACGGAACUCGAGAUUGCGUCGAUGGUUUCCAAGGAAUCGAAGACGACGAUGGCAACUUCCAGAGUUGCCACUUGCAGAUCUACGUCCCGACAACGUGGCGUCGCUACACUGUAAGCUUUGUGGCUAUAAUCUCCGUCCUCGGAAUGAUAGUUCUCGUAGCAUGGUACUACAUCCGCAAGCGUGUUCGAAGAGCUCUGCUACUUGCGAAGGCGGAACGUCGACGCUCGCGUAAAAACUCGGAAGAAAAUAUCAACAAACCGAAACUUGGAGCCUUCGCACACCCAAAGAACGAGUAA